AUGGCAAAUGCUUAUCUUAGAUUUCUCUUGGUAGCAUUUGCUAUCAUCCUGAACAAUAGUUGUGUCCAAGGAGGAAGGAAUUUAGCCAGAAAAGGGACAAUCAAAACCAUCCAGAGCAAGGAUGGUGAUAUUAUCGAUUGUGUUGAUAUCUACAAACAACCUGCUUUCGAUCAUCCACUAUUAAAGAAUCAUAAAAUACAGGUUUUUUCUUCCCCCCAACGUUUCAUUCCAAGUCAAUGGAACCAAGAAAAGCAAGAGAGUGUGGUUAGGCAAACUUGGCAUGAGAGUGGUGAGUGCCCAGAAGGAACAAUCCCCAUUAGAAGAUCAACAACAUCAACUCCAGUUAGAAGAUCAACAUCAUCAUUAGCGUCAACUCCAUUUCCAUAUUCCAUUCAACCCAAUUUCAGCUUCAGAGGUGAACCAUAUGAGGUUGAUCCCAAGAGGUAUGGUGAUAAGAAAACAAGGUUAUUCAUAUAUUGGACGACAACUAGUUAUCGACAAGGCUGCUUUGAUCUUGAGUGCCCUGGUUUUGUGCAAUUAUCUUCAAAAUAUGCUCUGGGAUCAGACAUAUAUCCUCUAUCCUCUUAUGAUGGACCCCAAUAUGAUACAACCGUUCAUAUUGAACAGGAUUUACAAACGGGGUCUUGGCACCUUUUUUUCCAAGGCUCUGCAUUGGGAUACUGGCCGGGGAGCCUUGUGCCGGCAAUGAAAAAUGGAGCUGCGGGCGUGCAAUGGGGAGGGCAGGUGACGAACUUGAGAUCAGGAGACCGUCACACUACGACUCAAAUGGGAAGUGGGCAUUUCGCGCGAGCAGGCUUCCAGAAAGCGAGCUUCGUGAGACUACUGCAAGUAAUUAUCGAUGGAGAGGCCAGAGAUCCGGAGAACAUCGACACACAGGUGUCGAAUGUCUUCUGCUAUGAUUUGCAUGUUGCAAUCAGAGAUUCCGACUACGGAUUUCAUUUCUUUUACGGAGGUCCUGGACUGCAGUCUCAUUGCAACAACAACUUCAGGAUUGAUAGCUUGCACAGUCAGCUUGAUCUAGAUGAUCGGAUAGUGAUUCCUCGUUCGAUUUAG